CUCCAAUCAGCUAUUCUUUAAUCAGGUCCCGGUCUUUCGUGAAAGUUCUAACAAAGCUGGAGUACACCAAAGAAUCCGCGUUUAAACUAGUUCAAUCGAUCGAUUUUAACUCGAGAUCAACACAUCGAGAUGGAUAACGGAUCACAAACGACACCCGGGUUUUAUCUUCUGGUAAGAGCUGCUGAGGAUGAAUCUUCUGUUGCGGCUUGUCCAUUGACUCACCAGGUGCGGAUGAUUUGCAAGCUAAAGAACAUCGACCCAUUAAUCAUGCCCUUCAACAUCCAAAAGAAGUCCAAGGAAUUUCUUGAGGUCAAUUCUACUGGGAAGGUCCCUGUUCUUGUUCAUCAGCUUAAUCCAGACGAAGCUUUGGUUCUUGAUGAUCCUCUCCUCAUCGCCAAGUACCUGGAGGAAAGAUUCCCAAAUCCAUCAAUCAGAAGCAAUAGUAAAGAGGCUAUUGUCGCUGGUAGCAACAUCUUCCAAAAAUUUUGCGCCCUCAUAAAAAAUAAUGACCCCGCAAAGGAUCCCGGUCUUCAAACAGCUCUGCUGAAGAAAUUGGAGGAGUUGAAUUCAUUUUUGCUGAGUAGUGAUGGUUCCUUUAUGGAAGGUGAUUCUUUGAGAUUCUCCGACUGUAGUCUGUUACCUAAGCUCCUCCUCGUUCGCGUGGCUGCUAAAGAAUUGAAGGGUCUGGAGAUACCCGCGAGGCUCGAAGGAGUCUGGGACUAUAUUCACGCAGGCGAAAAACAUGUUGUGUUCCGAGACACGUGCCCGUCAGAUGAGCUCAUCAAAGAGCAUUGGUCCAGGAAGUUUGCAUCUGUGCCUUUGUUGGAGGGUUACGAAAGAAAGCUUUAGAGGAACCAAUGCUCUUUGUUUGUUAAUCAUGUUAGCGACUGGAUAAAAAAAGCUAAGGAUAGAAAAAAGAAAAAAAGAUAAUGCUCAAGAAGAAGUACCGAGUAGCGUCUUGACUUGAUACCCGAGCAAUAAAUUAGACAUCUUUAUCUUUAUGGCUUGCUCAUUCGUUUCCAAGCUUCCUCUCUAGCUAUCUUAAGGAAAGAAAUUACUAAGGACAAAGUUAUAAAUUACAGCAUCGUGGGCUUAUUGUGAACUAUUAUAGAUUCCCUUCGAAUCAUUCUUUUGGCACUAGGUCUGCGCUGAUCGAAAUAAAAAAACUACUUUAGGAAAAUGAUAAUUGGCUUCAUAGGCUUAAAAAUACCCCACAUAUGCAUUGCUCCAUCACUUCUUUAAGAAAACUCGAUAUCGUGUUUAAGCAGAUCAAAAAAAUUUGUUUUUUUUAUUGAAAUUUCAAAGCGUUUGUGAUAUCACCCGCUAUUUUUGUACCAUUAGCCUCGCGUAACAGUCGCUCAAGUAAUUAUACAAAUAUGAUUAUAAGUGCGAGCUGUACAUAUGGGCGUGUCCAUCAUCCUUGGCACCACUACAUUACUUUGUCGAUCUAUCGUUGGUUUUUAGAGACCCGAAGGGCGAGGAUGAUUGUAAUUACCUCUCCAGUUAUCGAGGUACACAAAUUUGCAUUUUCGUAAUACAUGUCUUGAAAUAAAUCGGUUUCAAAAUAGGUUUUUCUACAAUUAUUUAGUCGUCGUUGUCCUUUCUAUUAAACAAAAUAAAAAAAAAUAUAUCAAUAGCUUAUGGGCCGAUUUUCUGGUUUUCUCAUUAGCAGUCACCAACACUAUCGCAUUUGAGAAGGGACUUCAACGUAGCUUUAUUCCAUCUAUGCUUUUUAGACAAUCUUAGUGUACAUUACCUCCAUUUUAAUUUAUUAGGAUACCGUUAUAUAUGAACUUUUUUUAAUUUUAUUUAUUAUCUACUAUUAUUUAGUAUGUUUGUAAAUCAGUCGUUUUUCAAUACUUGUAUUGCCAGAACUGAUAAUAUUGAACAAACCUAUUACCUAUUAUAUAUGUCUCGCUCUCUACCAGCCCCCUCUCGAUCUCAACAUUGGUGCCUUCCUUAGUGUGUUGUGGUCUGUCAUGUAUUCUGAUAACGUGGCCACAAUUGAAUAGGCAACUUUAUUAUUGGUGUUAUUUCAAUGCUGUUUUGCAUGUGAGAGUUACUUCACUGCUGACACGUUCACCAUAGUAUGAAGAUUUUUUUCGUUUGUUUCCGUAGUGACUUGGCCGUCGGCGUCGAACAUGGUACAGAACAGCGCAUCUUUGCAGUAUCAAUGAAAGGAAAUUAAUUCAGAACUAAAAAUGACCAACAUAAACUGCAGCUUGAAAUGACUUAAGAUUCAGUUCCUUAGAAACAUGGACAGUAACGAUUCUUUUUAAUUUUUCGUGAAAAA